UGACCUAAAAACUGAGAGAAGCAUUACACUGUGGCAGGGAAGCAGGAGCGCCUGGGCGCUGCGCCACGACUCUGGAUCGAGGAAGAGCUUCGCGAGAUCGCCAGCAGCUAGCGAAGCUCUUGAAUCGACGCCGCGCGUGAUCCGUGGAGAUCUUUGGCGCGGGUAGGGUUCGUGUGUGAAUGGAGUCGGCGAUGGCGGUGGACGUCGGUGUUCUUGAUCCGGAGCUGCUCCAGCUGCCGGAUUUGCCCUCUCCACCCACAAAGCCUGUCGCGUGUAGAAUGCGGCUGGAAGAUCUCUUCACGCAGUGGCUCUCUUUGCCGGAUACACAUCGACUGGUGCUGUCUUUGCUAGAAGAUGCCAAGGCAGGACUCGUGCUUCCAGUUCCAUCUUCCAGUCCAGGGAAUGGAAAUUCCGGGGGUGCGAUGUCAGCUCUUCCGGGAAUGUUUGCUGUUGGAAGCACACCGCCAUUGUCUCCUCGAAGCACCUCGGGCUCGCCACUUUCACCCAAGUCUCCCAUGAAAAGGACUGGAGCGAGUACUGGUUCUCCAUUAAAACGAGCUAGCGAACCGAUUAGAGAACAUAUCCCUCAAUUCUAUUUCCCAAAUGGUCCUCCUGCGCCGCAAGAUAUGGCGGAGCAAUGUCUGAAAAGGAUUGAUCAACUAUUUGCGGGGCAUUCUUAUGGUUUGCCAUUGUCAGCUUUUGCGCCUGUGACAAAGGAAGUAUGCAAGCUCCCUUCCUUUUUUUCUAGCUGUUUGUUCAAGAAGAUUGAUGUGGAGGACACGGGACUUGUGACAAGGGACAGGUUUAUCGAGUAUUGGCUUGAACAGAAUAUGCUCACAUCAGAUAUGGCUUCUCGUAUAUUCAACGUGUUAAAGAAACCUGACAAGAAGUAUAUUACUCAGGAGGAUUUCAAACCAAUCUUGAAGGAGCUUUUGAUGACUCACCGCGGUUUGGAAUUUCUUCAUGACACUCCUGAGUUUCAAGAAAGAUAUGCCGAGACAGUAAUGUACAGGAUAUUCUACCAUGUAAAUAGAUCUGGAAAUGGAAGGCUAUUGCUAAGAGAGUUGAGAAGAAGCAACCUUGUUGCAGCACUGCUUCAAGUAGACGAGGAAGAAGACAUCAACAAGGUCCUAAAAUAUUUUUCCUACGAACACUUUUACGUUAUCUACUGCAAGUUUUGGGAGCUUGACACGGACCACGACUUCUUAAUCGACAAGACUGACCUUUUGAGAUACGGCAAUCACGCUCUCACAUUUCGUAUAGUGGAAAGGAUCUUCUCACAGGUUCCAAGAAAGUUUACGAGUUCCGUGGAAGGAAAGAUGGGUUACGAGGACUUUGUGUGGUUCAUUUUAUCGGAGGAGGACAAAACGUCUGAACCAAGCUUGGAGUACUGGUUCAAAUGUAUCGAUCUGGAUUGUGACGGAGUGGUGACUCCAAACGAGAUGCAGUACUUUUACGAGGAGCAAUUGCAUCGCAUGGAGUGCCUAGCUCAAGACCCCGUCCUCUUCGAGGACAUAGUCUGCCAGAUGACGGACAUGAUCUGCCCAGAGAAGCAAGGGCAGCUAACGCUACGCGACCUGAAGAGGUGCAAGCUUUCUGGCAACUUCUUCAACAUUCUCUUCAAUCUGAAUAAGUUCGUGGCGUUCGAGACACGCGACCCAUUCCUCAUCCGACAAGAGAGGGAGGAUCCAACGCUAACAGAGUGGGAUCGCUUUGCUCACCAAGAAUACAUCCGCUUGUCGAUGGAGGAAGACGCGGAGGAUGCAUCAAAUGGAAGUGCCGAGGUGUGGGAUGAAUCUCUAGAGGCGCCAUUUUGAGUGUUUUUCGUGGUUCUGGUUUCCUUUUUCUUGGGUAGGAAGGUAGGCUCAGGCAGCAGCAACAGUGCUUUGUACAGUAAUUCUUCGUUGUCUCCAUUAUAUCUCUUCUUGGUUUAGAAAGCUCUUAACACGUAUUUGAUUCAUUCCUGAUCUA